AUGGCGGAUACUUCUGGGACUUUGAAAAGUAUAGAACGACUGAAACGUGAGAAAAGAAAUGCAAAGACAAGGCUUACAAGAGAAAGAAACAAAUUAUACGAGCUCCUAUCAACAACAAAAGCAAGUAAGAACACAAUUAGACGAUAUAUUAGUAAAAUCAAAUCAGAAUUUCUUAUAAUAGAAAAAUUACUAAACAAAUUGAAAGAAAUGUUUAUAUUCGAGAGCAUACCAGAAUCGGAAACAGAGGUAGAAAAAAUAGAAAGAGAAAUUGAUGAAAUAGGCAAUCAGGUGGAUGUCAUUAUAGAAGCUGCGGAAACGCAUUUAAAAGAAAGAUUGGAAGGGGGCGAAUUGGAAUCAAUAGCUCCAUCAGGCUCAACCCAUUCCGAGUAUGAAAUACAACAAUCAGAGAUAGAGGCAGCAAACAAAAGAGUCUUAACAUUACAAACAGAGGAAAACCAAAAAGAGGAAGAGCUUCAUAGGAAAGCUGUAGAACUUGAACUUGCAAAACAAAGAACAGAUGAGGCACGUAAGAUUGUUUGUAUUAUUGAUGCUAGUUCUCAUAAUACCACCCCCAAAACAGCACAUGACUCUGAUGAAACAUGUUCCCACAGUCAAUUACCACAACAGGUACCAGGUCCUAGUACCCCCUGA